AUUUUAAUAUAUGAAUUUACGAUAUCAGAAGUAAUUGAACUUAUAAGAACGCAUGAUGAUAUCGAAGAUAUAACUGAAGGACUUUUCUUAGCGUUAACUUAUGUAGCUUUAUGCUUUAAAUAUGGGAAUUUCUUAGUUCGACAAAACGAAGUAUCCAUAUUGUUAGACUGUUUUCGAAGAGAAACAUGUCAGCCAAGGAAUUCCGAAGAAAGGAUGAUCCUUAUUAAGUACGAUCGCAAAGCUAAAUGGUGUGUCAGGACUUUCAUGAGUAUAUCUCAAGCAACUUGUAUAGCUCUUAUACUCGCUCCCAUCGUUGGACCCCAAAAUACUGACAGACCUUUGCCGUUUAAGACAUAUCUACCGUACUCGAUAUCUGGUUUAUAUCCAUAUUUGGCGACUUACCUUCAACACGUAGGCGCAAUAUUUUAUGGGGUACUACUCAAUGUCUCGUUCGACUCCCUCGUCUACGGUUUCACCCUUCACGUCUGUGGACAAAUCGAGCUGCUGUGUUAUCGUCUGUCCAAGAUUUACAAGGAUCACCCGAAGCAGUAUCAAAUCGAUACGGACAAAGGCACGAUGAUCAGCGAGUGCGUGAGACAUCAGUUAUACGUACAUGAGAUCGUGCGCAGGAUACAGUCGUUGUUUGUGUGGACUGUGACGAUUUUAUUCAUUUUCAGCAUGGUGACUCUGUGCACCAGUAUUUUUCAAAUGUCCAAGAAGAGUCUUCUCAGCGUUGGAUUUUUGUCAUUGACAUUGUACCUCGGCUGUAUGCUGUUUCAAGUAUUCUUUUAUUGCUGGUACGGAAACGAGCUGCAAUUAAAGAGCAAAGGCAUUGGCGAUGCUAUUUAUUCGAGCAAUUGGACGAUAGCCACAACGCGAGAUCGCAAAAGUCUGUUGUUCGUAAUGACCAUUAGUCAAAAGGGAUUAAAGCUGUCUUACUACGGAAUUUUCAGUUUGGCUCUCGACACUUUCACUUGGAUUUUAAAAACGUCUUAUUCUACUUUUAAUGUCUUACAACAGACGUCGAUGUGA